AUGGAAGAGGUUUGUUGUUUUUUUUUAUUUCAUUUUUAUGCUGUGUUCUUUGUUUUUUGAGGGAAACUGGGGCUAGCAAAAUUUUUGAAAGUCAAAUCAUGUAAAAUAUCAUGUAAAACAAUAUUUUUGAUCUGUUUUGCCUUAACCUGGUUACCAAAGAUUUGCUGUGAAAUGACCGUAACGAUGACGUCCGUAUUUUAGGUGAAGAUGAGCAGAGAUAUUGGAAUUCGUUUUCCCAAUCUCGGAGCCUUUGGAUCGGCUCAUACGGCCAAGAGAGACAGUACAGCCCAAUUGUCGACCAACCCAAACUCGCAGCUCUCCUCGCCGGCGGCUCAUCCGAACUGCGCAAGCUUUGGGAGUAUAGCACCGUCAAACGUCAAUGCGCCGAUGGGAAGCUCAAUCAGCAAUUCCGUCCACAAUUCACAGGUAGGGGAAGAGGACGGCAUGCGGGAUAUUCUGUUGGCUAUCGAUGACAAAAUUGGCUUUCCCCUAAAAUAAAUUGCCUUUGAUCGAGGGGGCAAUAGAGCUUUCCGUUGGGUCUAGGAGGCAUUCCGCAAACCGCAAAAUGCCUUCCUCUCGGACCUGAUCCAGUGGCAAAAAAAGUAUCAUUUGGCAUCCGGGAAGCGUCAAAAAUGUGGCAAAAUGCUUCCCCCCUCCAAGUGAAAAAACUUUGUUUUGAAGGGCUCCCGCUGUUUUUGUGUGGGAAAGAAAGGGCGCGUCCUUAAAAGCGAAGUUUUUUCACUUGGCGAAGGAAGCAUUUUGCCACAUUUUUGAUGCUUCCGGGAUGCAAAAUGGUACGUUUUUGCCAUUCGAUCAGAUCCCCCACUGUGUGUAGUACGUGUCAACUGCCAAUUUCCGCAAACACAGUUGAAAAAAUAUGCUUCCAGAAUCUCCAACCAGGAAUCUCGCCGACCACAGCCACCGCUCCCCCAUCCCUGAUGCGGUUCCCCUCGUACGGUGCCCAAAUGCUCUCAUCUCAGCGCAACUCGACCGGUUCCGACACUCGCUCAGCGUCGAUCUCCUUUCCCCGCUCUUCCAAGUACGAAAACAGCACGAACAGUAUGGCCAGCAACUCGGCCAACUCCGCGCAUAGCCUACAGGAUCGAUUAUCAUAA